AUGGGAUCUGGUCAAUGGCACGUUGAGAAAAGGUCUACUUUCAGGAAUGACUCGUUUGCAAAGGAGUAUGGUUCAGCUCCAGAAACUGGAUGUCUUUCAAUCGUGGUUCUUGGUGCCUCAGGUGAUCUUGCCAAGAAGAAGACUUUUCCUGCGCUUUUCAACUUAUACCGCCAGGGAUUUCUCAAUCCAGAUGAAGUUCACAUCUUUGGAUAUGCAAGGACUAAGAUUUCUGAUGAAGAGCUGAGAGAUCGGAUCCGAGGAUAUCUUGUUGAUGAGAAGAAUGCCGAGCAAGCAGAAGCUUUGUCAAAGUUUCUCCAGCUGAUUAAGUAUGUGAGUGGCCCUUAUGAUUCUGAGGAGGGGUUUCAGAGAUUAGACAAGGCAAUGUCAGAGCACGAGAUCUCCACAAAAAGUUCUGAAGGGUCUUCUAGGAGACUUUUUUACUUAGCACUUCCGCCGUCCGUUUAUCCUUCUGUAUGCAAGAUGAUCAAAACAUGCUGCAUGAACAAAUCUAAUCUUGGUGGAUGGACACGGAUUGUUGUUGAGAAGCCAUUUGGCAAGGACCUAGAAUCUGCAGAGCAACUGAGUUCUCAGAUUGGAGAGUUGUUCGAGGAAUCACAGAUUUAUCGUAUUGAUCAUUAUCUCGGGAAGGAAUUGGUCCAAAACAUGUUGGUCCUCCGAUUUGCCAAUCGCUUUUUCUUGCCACUUUGGAACCGUGACAAUAUCGAGAACGUGCAGAUUGUUUUCAGGGAAGAUUUUGGAACUGAAGGGCGUAAUGGGUAUUUUGAUGAAUAUGGAAUUAUCCGUGAUAUUAUUCAGAACCAUCUUCUCCAGGUUCUUUGCCUUGUUGCCAUGGAGAAACCAAUCUCUCUUAAACCUGAGCACAUCCGGGAUGAAAAAGUGAAGGUGCUUCAAUCAGUGGUUCCAAUAAAAGAUGAAGAGGUGGUUCUUGGACAAUAUGAAGGGUACAGGGAUGAUCCCGAUGUUCCAAACGACUCAAACUCUCCAACGUUUGCCACAACAGUUCUUCGCAUACACAACGAAAGAUGGGAAGGUGUUCCUUUUAUUCUAAAGGCCGGAAAGGCGUUGAAUUCAAGGAAGGCAGAAAUUCGAAUUCAGUUCAAGGACGUUCCAGGCGACAUAUUCAGAUGUCAGAAACAAGGGAGGAACGAGUUUGUGAUACGCUUGCAACCUUCAGAGGCAAUGUACAUGAAACUAACUGUUAAGCAACCGGGUCUAGAGAUGCAAACCGUGCAAAGUGAGCUAGACUUGUCUUACGGGCAACGUUAUCAAGGUGUCUCGAUCCCAGAGGCAUACGAGCGCCUAAUUCUUGACACAAUCAAAGGCGAUCAACAACAUUUCGUUCGUAGAGACGAAUUAAAGGUUGCGUGGGAGAUCUUCACGCCGUUGCUUCACAGAAUCGACAAUGGAGAAGUGAAGUCAAUCCCGUACAAACCAGGAAGCCGAGGACCAAAAGAAGCCGAUCAGCUAUUGGAGAAAGCUGGUUACCUUCAAACUCAUGGCUAUAUCUGGAUCCCUCCUACGCUAUAA